GAGAAGGAUCCUUCGAGGCGGGGAGGCGGGAGAGGCGAGGAAGGGAUCCUGCGUCCCGCGAGCCGAGCCUGAAGCCUCUCUGCUGGCCUGGUUCAGCCUCCGGAGACAUUUUUUGACUGCAGAAAGAGAAAAAAUGGUCGGUUGGCAUAGAAGAGAGACAGCUCUGAGGCACGGCGGCACGGUGGUCAGGAGCCCUGUGACGCAUUCCUGAGGAAACCGUGGGAUCUAGCCCGCAGCUCCAGCCUCGCCCCCCCCUCAAGACACACAAAAAAGCAACCACGCACACGCACAAAAGCCUCCUCUGAUUUCUCAUCCCUGGUUCUAGAGUGCACAAGAUGCUUUAGCUUCUUGAAACAUCUCUAGCAACGUGCUGAAGUCUUCCCGCCCCGUCGCCGCCAUGCCGCCCCGGCCCUCAUCCGGGGAGCUGUGGGGGCUCCACCUCAUGCCCCCGCGGAUCAUGGUGGAUUGCUGCCUCCCCAACGGCAUGAUCGUCACCCUUGAGUGCCUCCGGGAAGCCACCCUCCUGGGCAUCAAGCACGACCUUUUCAAGGAGGCCAGGAAGUACCCGCUCUUCCACCUGCUCCAGGAGGAAUCUUCCUAUAUCUUUGUGGGAGUGACGCAAGAAGCCGAACGGGAGGAAUUCUUCGACGAGUCCCGCCGCCUUUGUGACCUGCGCCUCUUCCAACCCAUCCUGAAGGUCAUUGAGCCAGUGGGCAACCGGGAAGAGAAGAUCCUCAACCGCGAGAUCGGCUUCGCCAUCGGGAUGCCCAUUUGUGAAUUUGAACUGGUCAAGGACCCCGAGGUGCAGGAAUUCCGGCGGAACAUCCUGUCGGUUUGCCGUGAAGCCGUGGAGACGCGGGGGGCUGCGGGACCCCAAAGUCAGGCUUUGUAUGUCUAUCCCCCCAAUGUGGAAUCCAGCCCAGAGUUACCCAAACAUGUAUACAGCAAACUAGACAAAGGUCGGAUCAUAGUUACCAUUUGGGUUAUUGUGUCUCCAAACAACGACAAACAGAAAUACACCCUCAAGACCCCCCACGACGCCCUGCCGGAGCAGGUGAUCGCCGAGGCCAUCCGGAAGAAGACACGCAGCAUGCACCUCUCGCCCGAGCAGCUGCGCUUGUGCGUUCAGGAAUACCAGGGGAAGUACCUGCUCAAGGUGUGCGGCUGCGACGAGUAUUUGCUCGAGAAAUACCCACUCAGCCAGUACAAGUACAUGAGGAACUGCAUCACCAUUGGCCGCCUGCCCCACCUGAUGCUCAUGAGCAAGGAGAGUCUCUACAGCCAGCUGCCGGCCAACGUGUUCGUGCUGCCCUCCUACGCGCGCCGCUCGGCCACCUCCUCGCACGUGAACGGAGACGUCCCCACCAAGUCGCUGUGGUCCAUCAACAGCCUCUUGCGCAUCAAGAUCCUGUGCGCCACUUAUGUGAACGUCAACAUCCGGGAUAUAGAUAAGAUCUACGUCCGGACAGGAAUCUUCCAUGGUGGGGAACCCCUGUGUGACAACGUCAACACCCAGCGUGUCCCGUGCUCCAACCCUCGGUGGAACGAGUGGCUGUCGUACGAUAUCUAUCUCACCGACCUGCCUCGAGCGGCUCGCCUCUGCGUUUCCAUUUGCUCUGUGAAAGGCCGGAAGGGGGCAAAGGAGGAGCACUGCCCCCUCGCCUGGGGCAACGUCAACCUCUUUGACUACAAAGACACCCUGGUGGCUGGGAAGAUGGCGCUGAACCUUUGGCCCGUUCCCCACGGCCUGGAGGACUUGCUGAACCCCAUUGGAGUGGGGGGCUCCAACCCCAAUAAGGAGACCCCGUGCCUUGAGCUGGAAUUCACCUGGUACAGCCACACAGUAAAGUUUGCCGACGCCACGGAAAUCGAGGAGCACGCCAACUGGGCCAUGUCUCGGGAACUCGGGCUGAACUACUGCAUGGUGGGGCUGAGUAACCGCCUGGCCCGAGACAGCUCCCUUGAUGAGAGCGAACUGGAGCAGCUCCGGAACAUCUGCAACCGGGACCCCCUUUCGGAGAUCACAGAACAAGAGAAGGACUUCCUGUGGCGCCACCGGCACUACUGCGUCAACAUACCGGAGACCCUCCCCAAAUUACUACUGUCUGUCAAGUGGAAUUCGCGGGAUGAGGUGGCACAGAUGUACUGCCUCCUCCGGGAGUGGCCUCUGAUCAAACCCGAACUCUCUAUGGAGCUGCUGGACUGCAACUUCCCAGACCCCGUGGUGAGGGAGUUUGCGCUGAAGUGCCUCGUGAAGGGGCUCACGGACGACAAGCUCUCGCAGUAUCUCAUCCAGCUGGUGCAGGUUCUCAAAUACGAGCAGUACCUGGACAACCCCCUGGCCCGCUUCCUUACCAUGAAGGCUUUGACAAACCAACGGAUCGGGCACUUUUACUUCUGGCAUCUCAAGUCGGAGAUGCACAGCAAGCCGGUCUCCCAGCGCUUUGGGCUCAUGCUGGAGGCCUUCUGCCGCGGCUGCGGGAUGUACCUCAAACACCUGAACCGGCAAGUGGAGGCCAUGGAGAAACUCAUCAACCUCACCGACAUCCUCAAGCAAGAGAAGAAAGACGAGACGCAGAAGAUGCAGAUGAAGUUCCUGGUGGAACAGAUGAGGCGGCCGGAUUAUAUGGAGGCGCUUCAGGGCUUCAUCUGUCCUCUCAACCCCGUCCACCAGCUGGGCAACCUCCGAUUGGACGAGUGCCGGAUCAUGUCGUCUGCCAAGCGCCCGUUGUGGCUGAACUGGGAGAACCCGGACAUCAUGUCGGAGCUGCUCUUCACAAACCACGAGAUCAUAUUUAAAAAUGGAGACGAUCUCCGGCAAGACAUGUUGACUCUGCAAAUCAUUCGGAUAAUGGAGAGCAUGUGGCAGAACCAAGGACUGGAUCUUCGGAUGCUGCCCUACGGCUGCCUGUCCAUCGGGGACUGCGUGGGCCUCAUCGAGGUGGUCAAGAGCUCCCACACCAUCAUGCAGAUCCAGUGCAAGGGCGGCCUGAAGGGGGCGCUGCAGUUCAACAGCAACGCCUUGCACCACUGGCUGAAGGACAAGAACAAGGGAGAAGGUUACGACGCAGCCAUCGACCUCUUCACGCGCUCCUGCGCCGGUUACUGCGUUGCCACCUUCAUCCUGGGCAUUGGAGACCGGCACAACAGCAACAUCAUGGUCAAGGACGACGGGCAGCUGUUCCACAUUGAUUUUGGGCAUUUCCUGGACCACAAGAAGAAGAAGUUUGGCUACAAGCGGGAACGGGUCCCCUUCGUCCUCACGCAAGACUUCCUCAUCGUCAUCAGCAAAGGGGUGCAGGAAUGUACCAAGACCAAAGAGUUUGAGAGGUUCCAGGAGAUGUGCUACAAGGCCUACCUGACGAUCCGCCAACACGCCAACCUGCUGAUCAACCUCUUCUCCAUGAUGCUGGGCUCGGGCAUGCCGGAGCUGCAGUCCUUUGACGACGUGGCCUACCUCCGCAAGACCCUGGCCCUGGACAAGUCCGAGCAAGAGGCGCUGGAAUACUUCACCAAGCAGAUGAACGAGGCCCACCACGGCGGCUGGACCACCAAGAUGGACUGGAUCUUCCACACCAUCCGCCACAUGCCCCUGAGUGAGGCCAGCCACGACUGAGGGCCACGGAGGGACUCACGCGGC